AUGCAUUUCUCUAAGCUCCUCGUCACCGCCGCCGCCGUCUUCAUCCAAGGCAGCCUUGCAGUUGGAGUCAAGACCUACAGUGGUCGUGACUGCACCGGCACGGAACAGAUUCUCAAGGUUGAUCAUAAUGCAGCCUGCAACCCUGACGUCCAACGAUUCCAAUCUUACAAGGAAAAUGGAUUUGGACCGAGCAACGGGCAGAGAAUUGCAUUCUAUGCUCAACCUAGCUGCUCUCAGGAGUCGUUCAUAUAUGACACGUACUCUUACAAUGGAGAUUACUUCCACUCCAAGCAAUGCUACAACAUCAACGGCCAUUCUCCUGUGCAGUACGCUCAGGGCAUGAAGCUCUACUAG